AUGCAGGUUUGUUACAAACACAAAUACACAACUGAGUCCGGAGGAACAAGUUUUGAUCUAGGGUGUGCACAGCUGGAGGUUAUACAGAGAAGAAUAAAUGGUUUCGUUGAUUUCUUUCGAGGAUGGGCAGCAUACAAAGAAGGUUUUGGUAACGUUAACGGUGAAUAUUGGUUGGGAAAUGAAAACAUUCAUGAAAUAACCUCCCGGGAUAAUCAUGACCUUAGAAUCGAAUUAGAAGAUUUUGAUGGAAACAAAAGAUACGCAGAAUAUUCAAUUUUCAACAUUGCUGAUGAAGAAAACGGCUAUCGUUUGCUGGUGUAUAAUUACUCUGGUAAUGCUGGUGACUCCUUCGGUGUCCACAGCGGCUUGAUGUUUACUACAUUUGAUAAGGAUAAUGAUCGAAGUGGAGACAAUUGUGCAGCUUUGUAUACAGGAGCAUGGUGGUAUCGUGGUUGCCAUAGUUCAAAUCUAAAUGGUAAAUACAUUGCUGGAAACCAUACAUCAUUUGCUGACGGUAUUGAAUGGUAUCUCUGGAAGGGUUAUCACUACUCACUCAAGUCCACCAAGAUGAUGGUUAGAAAAUAUUGA